GGGGGCGGGGGCGGGGCGGGCUCGCCGCUUCCGGGACGCCGGCGGAUGUUGGGGUUUGAAUCGUCUGUCAGUUAGCGCGGGCGGCUCGGGUGCGGGGGCGGCCGCCGGCGACGUCGUUGGAGAGGCGGCUGCCGGGUGAGUAAUGCCUUGACUGGGCUGGGGCUCUGCCCUGCCGCCUCUCGCCUGGGGCCGCUCGGGGUGGCCGAGCCUGGGGCUAACGACGCCUCGCAGAGGGCAAGGAGAACCAGGCGGGGCCUUGAGGCGAGGGACGGGGCGAUUUAAACUGUGCUGGGCGGCGGGCGGUACCCCGUGAGGGGGCAGCCCCUGCCGUGGGGAGCCAGCGACGCCUGGCUCCCGCCGCUCCCCUGUGGGCACAGGACAGCGGAAUAACUGCGAGGAAAUCUUCCCUCUCCUCCCGUCGCACGCUUCUGGGAAGGAAAGCAGCCGGCGGCAGGCAGAGUGCUCCGGUGGAGGGAGUCGGCCCUAGCGGCUGCGUCGCCGCUCCCUGCAAACGCGGAAGGGCAGCGGGACGGCGCCUCGCUGGGCGGCUUCUUCCCCCAAAACCGCGAUGUGUGCCUUUUUAAUGCCUUUUUAAAAGUGCUCUGUGAAGCCUUUUGAGACUCCGGCAACAGCUAGAAGAAUUCACUAGAAUGAAUGAAAACAAACACUUCGAUGUUCAAAGCCUACCCUGUGUUCUCUGUGGACGGACAGAUGACUGCCCUGAAAAGUAUGGAGAAAAAAGAACCUAUGUGGAAUACAAUCUCACUGUUCAUUAUUACUGUUUGUUGAUGUCAAGUGGCAUUUGGCAGCGGGGGGAAGAAGAUGAAGGUGUAUAUGGCUUUUUAAUCACAGAUAUAAGAAAAGAAGUAAAUAGAGCUGCAAAACUGAAAUGUAAUAUCUGUAAGAAAAAGGGUGCUUCAAUUGGAUGUGUAGCUCCCAAAUGCAAGCGAAGUUACCAUUUUCCCUGUGGGGUCCAAAAGGAAUGUAUUUUCCAGUUCAUGGAAGACUUUAGGUCUUACUGUUGGGAACAUAAACCAGUCCAAAAGUUUUCAGUUAAGGAAUCUAGAGAAUCUUCACAAUGUACAAUAUGCCUGGAUUUGGUUGAACAGCUUCCACUGUACAGUGUAUUGAAAAGUCCUUGCUGUAAAAAUGCUUGGUUUCAUCGAGAAUGCUUGCAGUAUCAAGCGUUGAGUGCUGGGGUGUUUUUCUUUAGGUGUACAGUAUGUAAUAACAAGGACAAAUUUCAGAAGGAAAUGUUGAGAAUGGGCAUACACAUUCCAGAAAAGGAUGCAUCUUGGGAACUUGAAGAGAACGCAUAUCAAGACCUACUGCAAUGUUAUCAGCACUGUGACAUUAGAAGAUGUCUCUGCAAGAAGGGAAGAGACUAUAAUGAACCUGAUAGUAAAUGGGAAAUAAAGCGUUGUCAGUGUUGUGGUUCCCGUGGAACUCACCUGGCCUGUUCAUCUAUGAAGUCAUGGGAGCAAAACUGGGAGUGCAUGGAAUGCAGAAGUAUCUUUGCAAAAUCAGGGAACUAUAGCAAACAGCAAAAGCGUUCUUUGGCUACCUCUGAAAAGACAGAUGGGACAACAUGUUUGUUGGAAGAGCCUUCUCCGAAGUGCCCUCGGCAGUCAUCUGGAUCUCAACAUAGCUUUCUUCUCCAGUCACCAAAGAUAAUGUGCCAGAGCAACCUGACUCCCUGCUCACGCCUAGAACUUCCAGCAUCCAACAGAAUGACAAUGUCCUUAUCUCCACUGAUGUCAAACAGGAACUGGUCACUGAGGAAAAAGCAUCUAAGAGAGCAAAGAAGGGAAGUGUCUAAUAUACUGAAGGAAUUAAAGCUACAAGUUAAUACAAAAACUACAAGGCUUAACAUCAAUACAGAAAAUAUCUGGAACAGUGCUUUAAAGGGAUUUAGACAGCGCAACUUCAGUCCUACAAACACUAUUGAAAUAAAGUUCACAAGCUGCAAAAACAGGUUGAAGACAGAUACUUCUGAUGCAUCAAAACACCGUUUCUUCCAACUAUUAAUGCUUCAUCUUCAGAACUCAUCACUAUUUGAGGGCUCUUCUGUAAAGAAUCUGUCCCUUGAUUCUCAAGCCUUAAAAGAGAAUCUGUAUUUUGAAGCUGGCAAAAUGAUUGCAGUUUCUCUGGUUCAUGGUGGCCCAUCUCUUGGUUUCUUUUCCAAAACGUUGUUCAAUUGUCUUGUCUAUGAUCCAGAAAAUGUGAAACCAGCCUUGGAAGAUGUUGCUGAUGUUGGUGUAGCACAAACAAUAAAAAUGAUAAAAUAUUCAAAUAGUCUAUCCAGCCUACAGUCAGCAGUACAUGACUGCUAUGAGUUUCUUGCUGCUGCUGGAUGUUUAAGACCUGUAACAGCUUUGUGUGAUAAGAAUAUGCUGGUGAAUGACAUAUUGGUCCAUCAUGUAAUCAAGAGAAUCAUUUUGCCUUUGGAAAGUUUCAGGCAAGGUUUGAAAACUCUUGGUGUGCUAGAGAAAAUACAAAUGCAUCCAGAUGCAUUCUCCAGUGUAUUUUGUCACAAACCUGAAAGACUUUCAUCAGAAACUCUUUGUGAUCUUUUUACAAUCAAUUGCUCAUCAGAUAUAAAUAAAGUUGAAGGUGCUGAUUUUUGGAUGAGUUAUUUGCAGGAUGUGGAAAGUGGCGAAUCUGUAGUGACACUGGAGGACAUUCUGCUCUUUGGAACAGGCUCUUUUUCUAUACCACCUAUUGGUUUUGAUCCUGAACCCACUGUUAAAUUUUUGCAUAUAAGGUAUCCUGUUGGAAACAGACUCCGUAAUUGCCUAGAGCUCCCAGUAACAAAGACAUAUGAGCAGUUCAAAAACAAAAUGGAGUUCACCAUCAGAAACACACUAAGAGUAGACAGAGAAUAAAUAAUUUUGUUACUAAACUGAAUGCUGAAAAAUUUCAGUUUUUCUGUGGGGGAGUGUCUGCUUGCAAGUUGCUACUGCAUUUUCAGACAGCAUGCUCUCUGCCUCUUUCCACUUUUCCCCUGAAGAUAUGCUGAAAGUGGUAAUGGCAUAAGAUGGAAAACAAUUUGCAAAUGAAAACUUGAUAUUUUCUGUUGAAUCAUCUUCCUGUUUGAAGUUGGAUUCAAGAGCCAACAGGCUCUUGCAGCAUAGUCCUUAAAAAUUGGUACUCUUGCUGUAGACAGAUGUGAAAUGUUACACAUCUCUGUAACAUUUUAGCUAUUUCCAAGACCUAAAUAUAUGUAUGUAUUACAUACUUCAGUAACUUAUCAAAGUCCAAGCAGGUGUAUUUUUAAGACAACUGCUGUAGAGCUUUCUCUUGAGUAAAACUGUGAUGCAGUUUUUCCAGUUGUUCCACGUAUACUUUUUCAGUAAUUUCUUUCAUUGAUGAUUCAUUUACAUUUUGAUAAUUCCUUUAAACCUAUAAAAGUUAGGAAACACGGAGUUUUAAAGGUAUUGUGUUUAGUGCAGUAAAAUAUAACUGAAGUCUGGAGAAAACCUGGACAAAAUAAUCAAGUGCAAGAACAAAAUCUGGUUUUAACUGGUUUUUCCUGUUAAAUAAAAUCUUUGGCAUUUGCACAUGUUUCUGCAUUCUACUGUUAUACAAUAAUUAACUUCAGAUAUAGCCAAAACAAUAAAUGCUAAGGUAAAUCUUUAAUAUGCAAAUAUAAGUGAUUUUUCAAAAAUAAAUACAAAAAUCAUUGAGUAUGAAAGUUACGCAUAAAAUUCUGUUGCUUAUUAGAACGUGGUGCUGCUUCUUGCAUGGAAGUCAGUAUUUUUGUAGGAAUAUGUACUAAAGCUAUGAUCUGUUAAAGUACAGUGUGUCAACCAUCAAAUUUUUUUGUGAGCGCUUGACACUUUUCUAGCUUUUAUUCUAAACUCCUUUUCAACUUUAUACUUUGAACAAUUUCAACUGUAUAAAAUACAUUGCAAUUCUGCAGUAUUUGUGUAAAUAACAUUAAGCUAUGAAAAAUCAGUAAAUCUACAGGUGUCUGGAUCAAUAAAUAUUUGAUCUUAAUGGAUAUUCAAUGUUAAUCAGUAGUAUAAUUGCUGUAUGGCAACACCUUAAUGUUACUAAUACUCGGACUAUGAAACUGAAAGGAUAUUUAAGUACACAACCUUUUUUUUUUUUUUUAAUGGAUGCAAGUCUUCUCAAAUUACUUUUUUCCUAUAUUAUUUUGGUCAUCUAUACUAUGUCCCAAACAUAGAUCAAUCUAUAUGUAUAAUCUACUCACAUUCUUCAAAAUACUGAAAAGUAAGUAAUCAUCCACUUCUAUUAAUAGAGUUUGUUUUUAAUUGAAAAUACAAGCAGGAUUACUUUCCUUUGGAAUGUCUUGGCAGGAAAGCACAUCCACAUUAAAUUAUAAAGUGGAGAGGGGCAUUUAAAAGAAGCCCAAACUAACCCAGUUUCAGAUUCUGGUUUAUUAAUAGGAGCUAUCUUCAUCGUAUUUUUUUCUUCUUGUUAAAAAGUUGUAUUACUAAACAGAUAUGUCCUUGCAACUUACUGCAACAGAAGAAUUGUGGAAGUGGUAGUCAUGACUUCCAUUAUUUGGGACCGUGCUAUGAAAGUUUAAAGAUGAAAAGGCUGAUGGGUAUUUAACUUGUACAGUUCACUGAAAAACAUGUAGGUAUUUUGAAAACUUUCUUAAGCUGCUGCUGCAUCCUAAUUCUUUCUUAAUUUGGGGGAAAGCGCUAGUUUUUUAAAGAUACCUAUUUCUACAAGUGGGUAGCAAUAGUGUGCAUAGCAUUUGUUUUUUAAUUUUUGUCUUUUUAAGCAAAUAUUUCCAACAUUUAGGUUGGACACUUUUACAUUUCUCAUAAGAUUAUUUUUAGCUACUUUGAAAGUAAUUGCUCUCUCAUCAGAAUUAAGAAUAUUUUAAAGGAAGAGAGGGCCAGUGGUGUGUUUUCUGGUUCUGAGCUAAAACGCUACUAGGUUUCCUUUAAAAUAAACUUCAAUCUCUAGAGAUUAGCUAAUACGCUCUUAGAAAAUGUCAUUAGAUUUGUUUAUAAUCUUAAGUAUUUUCUCAUUCUCUACUGAUUUUUUUUUCCUCCUGUAAUAUUCCAUACUUGUCUUCCUUCCAUAAUUUUUGAAUGUUAUACUGCCUAUAACUUCUUUAUAUUCUUAUUUGCCUUUAGAAUAGUCUUAGUUUAAUGAAGGUGACCUGUUGCAAACUGAUUUGCAUAAUAAGGAUUUGCAUUGUAUGUUCAUGUUUACAUUCGAUACCGAGUCUCCUGCAGAGAGUACUAUAAAAAUGAGUGGUGUUCGAAGUGCAGUAUUCUUUCUUCUUGCCUAGAGAGUAAUGUCUUCUGUGAUGUUGUCAUGUUUCUGCACUGACAGAACAGAACUUAAAAGAAGUAGUGAGCAGCGUGUGAAUAAUUUUCAAGAGAAGUUGCUGAACUUUUGGUACUUGGAAUGGCAAGGGAAAUGGUUUAGAACUUGGAACUAAAUAAACUGCAUUUUAAGACCUUCAGUGAAGAAGCAAGUCCAUUGUGUGACUAUUAGGCUUCAGAAGGAACCUUAGAUAAAAAAUAGGACUCAUGGCUUUUAUGUUAUAGCUUAUCAGUUUCACACUGAGCAGUUACACAUUUUAAAGAUAAAGCUAACUUAUUUUUGUAGCUGUAAAAAAAAAAACUUUAAUUUGUCUUUCAAACUAUGCUCUAUGGUGCUAUAGCAAAAGGUGGAAUUGAUUAAAAAAUACAACAGCCUUUAAUAUUGCUUGCAAAGAUUUUUUUCUGAGCAAAACUUGUUCCCACUUAUUAAUACUAAUGUACAUGUCCAAGACAAAAUUAUCUUCUUUCUUUCAGACUUGUUUAGCUCUGUCUAGACAUUCUAAAAUAGUCCUUGACACAUUCUAAGUUGCAUUCCUAAAUGCUACUAUGGAAGAGAUGAACUUGUCUUUUCUGCUUAUUUUCAGCGUUUAUUUAUAGAUGCCAAUCUUAAUUUUGCUUGAAUUGUUAAUUAAAAUUAUUAUUGCAUUGAAUAAGCUGACUUCCAGUUUGUCAAAACGCAGAACAGUCAUAAUGUUUUUAAUUGAUACAGUAGGUCACUUAAGUGCAAUAUUCUCAGGUAAUUUCCUCAUUUUACAUAAGGCACAGCUAGAAAUUAGGGAAGGUGCUUAUUUUUAUAUCAGUAUUUCUAUAACACAGAGGAGUAAUAGCAUAGGCAGUAGCUGUUGCAUAUUAAAUAUAUUUUUAUAGAAAUUACAUCUUUAUGGUAAGAUUCAUCAUUAGGGCCACAAGAGACUAUUAUGGACCUCUUUUGUGAUUGGCCAAAGAACUUUACGCACUAGUUUUUGCAUCAAAGCCUAAGCUUCCCUUUGAAAUUAGUGUCUAAUAAGCUAUCUAUUUUUUAUAGUGAUCACUUCCUAGUAAACAAUACUAGACUAGUAUUAGUGGGCUAUUUAGUAUGGUCUUUUCAAGGAUACGUAAUCAAAAAAAAAAAAAUAUUUUAGACCAGUCUAAAGUAUUUUAGAUCUAUGUUCAAAAAAACAAGGGAUAGGAGUUUUUCAUGACUUCCUCUCAUCCAAGUAAAGGAUGCCUGCUAGGAAAAGCUGUUAACGUUUUAACAAUUCUGAGUUAAAUAUAGUCACAAUAAGAAGAAAUUAAUUUCAGUUUGUACUUAAACUCUAAAGUGUUGUGUGUUGCAGCUCUGAUUUCUUUGUCUUCAGUCUCAGAAGAGUUAAGGAUUUUGAGAGGUGUAUUUAAAAUGUACAGCAGAGUAUGAAAUGUUAAAAAUUCUGAAUCACAUUCUGCAUGUGUGUUUUGAAAACAGCAUCAAAACAUAAAAAGAUUUUACUCUCAAAUAGAGGAAGGUGCAACUCUGGAAGUUACAAAAUGUGCUUGUAAAGUUUAUCUUCAUUCUGUACUUUGGUAGAGCAUUUUAAAGCACAGGUUGUAUUGGUUUUGCUUAAGGGAACUGCCAGUUGGAUAAAAGGGGGAAUUGAAAUGUAAAAAUUAACUGUGUCAAACAUCUAUACUGUAUACAGAAAAUUAAGCAUUGUCAAAAUAUUAGUUUGAUGUAAAAACAAUGCAACCCAGAGUAAUUUUGUUUUGUAUAAACAAUGUGGUUUUUUAAAGCUAUGGUAAUUAGAAUAUUAUUAUACAAGAAGAUAAAAUUUUGUAAAUAUCUUUAGCUCUAACUUGGUCAACUGCCGGAUCAGUGCCUGAAAUGUUGCAGCUUCAAGCAACAUCAUACUUGACAGGUGUAGCAUCAGUGUUUAUCAGUCAUUUAUUGUGGGAGAUAACUGUCAUGUGUGUAUGUUCAAAGUGCAAUAAAGGAUUAAAUUACUAUUUUGUAUAUUA